UUGUCUGUUGUCUGGAGAUUUUCGUUUGGAGACAUCAUCGUAUCCAAAACAAGGCAGGAUAUACCCUGUGAAGCUAUAAUCCAUAUAGUCUAGUCUGCCCCAUCAUUCAUGGACUUGAGAGAGGUAGGCUAUUGAAAUGACAUGGAAAUGUUGGUCUUCACCGAGGAAAGUCAUGCCUAAACUUAAAAAACCUUGCGUUUAUUCCAUGAAGUGUAAUAUAUGCUAGUAGCCUGACUUAAAUAAGAUUUUAAACAUCGAAGUUGAAAAUGAGCUCUUAUUUCGUUAAUGCUCUAUUCUCAAAAAACAGCAACAGCGAGUCCUGGCAUUCCGAUUAUGGGCUGGCACAUGAUUUGGGAAGCACAUCCUCUGUAUCGUACGGAUACGGUGCCGGUAGCACCAUCCAGCAGCAGCAUCCCACGCAGUUAACGGAAUUCUACAAUGGCACAUCGUUGUCCAAAACCGCUCACCAACACCAACUAAAUCCGUGCGUAUUAUCGCUGCCAAUUGGCAGCUUGUAUCAUGCCCACGAUGUGAUACAGAGACCAACCUUUUACGCAUCCCAUAAUACGGAUUGUAUCCAGUACAGUGAUUAUCAUUUAAAAUCCACCGGGGUUGCAAAUGAUUCCGUGUGCGCAGAACAGUGCUCCUCUCUACCGGACCUCUUUCCCUGGAUGAAACCACAAGCAGCUACCGGACGGAGAAGAGGCAGACAGGCAUACAGUCGCUUCCAGACUCUGGAACUUGAGAAGGAGUUCUUAUUCAACUCUUACUUGACCCGCAAGCGCAAGGUUGAAGUGUCGCACGCUCUGGCACUCACCGAGCGGCAGAUUAAAAUCUGGUUUCAAAACAGACGCAUGAAAUGGAAGAAGGAGAACAAGAAGGACACAUUUCCAAUAAACAGGCCGGAUCAGAAUGAAAUCAAGAAAGAGAGCAAAGAAAUGUACAAGAAUAUUCAGACGUCAGAUGAGGGUAAAGGAUAAGACUAUCCUAGACUUGGUGAUGGGAGGUCACACAGUGAUAACAAAUGUGUUAUUUAUAAAUUGCAUUUCGAAUUUAAAAAAUCAACAGUGAAAUCUAUUGUG